CCAAAACCGGGAAACCGACCCCUGAUCUCUCAGUGUUCAUCUGUUACUCCUCGGUGUGUGCCUUGUCCACGCGCCUCCCGUGGUCCUCCUAAUCUCCGGCGGGUCGGGGGCUGAGGGCUUUUAGCUCUUGAAUGCGCUCUGGAUAUUAUAUUGAUCGGUAGAGAGAAAUGAUGUCGCACAGGCAGGUGGAGGAGGCGAUGGUGUCGAGCUUCGCGGAAGGAGAAGGUGGACAUGGAGAGAAGAAGGAAGGGAACCAGACCGACGAGUCGUCCAAGUUCGGUCUCAAGAACUUUCUCUGGCACGGUGGAUCCGUAUACGAUGCCUGGUUCAGCUGCGCUUCCAAUCAGGUUGCACAGGUGCUGCUGACACUGCCCUACUCAUUCUCCCAGAUGGGGAUGGCCUCAGGGAUAACCCUGCAGAUCUUCUAUGGGCUGAUGGGCAGCUGGACCGCCUACCUUAUCAGCGUCCUCUACGUCGAGUACCGUACCCGACAGGAGAAGCAGAACGUCAGCUUCAAGAACCAUGUCAUUCAGUGGUUCGAGGUGUUGGACGGGUUGCUGGGCCCGACCUGGAAGGCGCUCGGGCUAGCCUUCAACUGUACCUUCCUGCUCUUUGGAUCUGUGAUUCAGCUCAUCGCCUGUGCAAGUAACAUAUACUACAUGGACAGCAAACUGGACAAGAGGACAUGGACGUACAUAUUCGGGGCAUGCUGUGCAACCACCGUGUUCAUCCCCUCGUUCCACAACUACCGUAUCUGGUCCUUUCUCGGACUCGGCAUGACCGCUUACACCGCAUGGUACCUUACGAUCGGUGCCGUCGUACACGGCCAGGUGGAGGGGGUGACGCACUCAGGCCCGACAAAAAUGGUACUGUACUUCACCGGCGCCACCAAUAUCCUCUACACUUUCGGCGGACACGCCGUCACUGUGGAAAUUAUGCACGCGAUGUGGAAGCCUCGGAGAUUCAAGUACAUCUAUCUGCUGGCGACGCUCUUUGUGUUUACCCUGACGAUCCCGUCGUCGACCGCCAUGUACUGGGCCUUUGGCGACCAGCUCCUGACCCAUGCUAAUGCCUUUUCUCUACUCCCUCGCAACAAGUGGCGCGACGCUGCGGUCGUCUUGAUGCUCAUACAUCAGUUCAUAACAUUUGGAUUCGCGUGCACGCCAUUGUACUUCGUGUGGGAGAAGGUGAUAGGGAUGCACGACACCAAGAGCAUAUUCCUCAGGGCGCUCGUCCGGCUGCCCGUGGUGAUCCCGAUAUGGUUCCUGGCCAUAAUAUUCCCAUUCUUCGGGCCUAUCAACUCCGCCGUGGGGGCCCUCCUGGUCACCUUCACCGUCUACAUCAUCCCCUCCUUGGCCCACAUGCUCACUUACAGAUCCGCUUCGGCCCGACAGAAUGCAGCAGAGAAGCCCCCAUUCUUCAUGCCGAGCUGGACAGGAAUGUACGUGGUGAACGCGUUCGUGGUAGGGUGGGUCCUGGUGGUUGGGUUCGGGUUCGGGGGAUGGGCUAGCAUGACCAACUUCAUCAAACAAGUGGACACCUUUGGGCUCUUUGCUAAGUGCUACCAGUGCCCCCCGCCGCGACCUCCUCCAUCAGCAGCAGGAGGCGCCCAUCACUAGGAAAAGGACGAUUAUACUAUAUAUAUACAUAUAUAAAUAUAGCUUGAUCAAAAGUCUCAUUUCCAUCUUUAGGAAAGUUGCUCGAACCAAUGAAGUAUCGGAGGACAAACUUCCAUAUGUUAUCACAUUGGGUCCAUAUUGCAUAUAUAUAUAAAACUUGAUUGUUUUCGGAGUA